CUUGGGAGCUUUACCAUCGUCUAUGCUUCUGCCUAUCCCAAUCCCACUCCCUGGACCUCUUGCAGGUGGAGAAUCAGAGCAAGGCUGAGGCACGAGCAGGGGCGGAUGCAGCUGGUGACGGGAUGGGGGGUGCAGGAGGUGUGGGGGCGGUGAGAGCAGGGGAUGAGGGCGCGAGUGGGGGCAGAGAGGGGGACGAGGACGGAUGGGAGUGUCCGGGGACGGAUGGGCAGGGCAGUGGGGAUAGGGAUCGGGAAGGGCAUGGGGAGGCUGAUGGCGAGGGGGAUGACGGGGGGGAUGGUGAGGAGGAUAGGGAUGGUGAUGAUUGCAGUGAUGCUGGUGCUGAUACGGAUGCUGGCGGUGCUGAUGCUGAUGCUGAUGCUGAUGCUGGUGCCGGUGCUGGUGCUGGUGCUGGUGGGGCAGGAUUGCCAGGCACAGCCACAGCUAUGGGGAUGGAUGAAGGGGCGGAUGAACUGGAUAGUGACUCCGAUGCUGACGAUGAUGAUGACGCCAUUCACCAUGCCUUCCCAUUGGCCGGUUCCUCUCGCCACACCCAUGCCGUGUCGGCCCAUGCAUGGAAACACCCAUCCCACCCGCACGGCCUUGCACAUGGCAUCGCGCACGGCACCUCGCACACACGUGGCAGCGGGCGACCAACAAGUGUGGCGGUGGGGCAUGGCAGCUCGCAUUCACGCGGGACACCGUCGCACUUACCUCGCACCACAUCACCCCACCGCUCCGCACCGUUAUCUGCUGUUUAUGCUACCAGUGAAGGCGCUGCUGCUGCUGCGGCUGCCAGUGGAGUGGCAGCGCUGGCAGAGGCAGCGAGGGCCAUGGUGAAGCAGGAGGCGCUGGAGGCGGCAGCUCAAGAGACGCACGCCAUGGCGCCUCUUCCUUCCACUUCACAAGCACUACCCGACACUGCUGCUCGCGUGCACAUGGGCCCAGAUGAACCAGAGGGGGUAUUGAGAGGCGACGUCGCAGCAGGUGCAGCAGCAGCUGGUGGUGGCGCUGACAUGGCAGCACGUGCAGCAGCAGUUGACAGAGCUGCCAGGGAGGGUGCCGUUGGUGCCUUGCCCAUGAGCGUGUCGAGAGGCGCAGGUCGAACGGAUGGGGUUCCAGGCAAUGGGCUGUCGAUGGUUGGCGCCUUGUUGCGAGGGAAGCGCGGCGCAGAUGACCAGCUGGUGCAGGAGAAAACGAAACUGCUGAGAAGGUUCUGGAUUGAUCUGGAGGCGGUACGGCAGGGGGGGGAGAAUGGGCAGCUUCAGCCUCCUCCUCAGCACCCCCAGCAGCACGCACAGGAGCAACGCGAAGAGAGUGUGCCGUCCAGAGCGCAUGGAGGGGGCAGUGGCGAGCGAGACGAUGUGGACGUGGGGUGCACGGGCAGUGCUCCUGCUCAUCCUCGCAGGGGCCCUGGUGGGCGAGACGGUGCUGCCGAGGACGCCGUGCACGCCCGCUGCUCAAGUGGUGCCCCCGCGCCUGCUGCUGCCCGCAUGCCGCAUGCCACGCCACCCGACCCUGUGCCUGCUGGAGAGACGGCGGAGAGGAUGGAAGACUGUGCUGAGGAAGGGAAGGCGGGCAGGGGAAGGGCUAGCGACCUGUUUGGUGAGGUCCACGGUCACGUGCAGGCGCAGCAGCCAUUGUGGCAGCAGGAGAAGGACAUGAGGUACGGUGCGGCGCCUGACAGCAGAGUGCGACACGGCGGGGCGAUGCCGCUCGGGAGCUUCUCGCUGCCUCCUGCACCCACCGCCCGUGCACUGGCCGCUGAAAGCCCGGCAGCCAACAACGCGUUUCCUGCAAGUGCAAGUGGCCCACACCAGCACAGGGGGCUGCCCCAAACUGAUCUCAAUAUCGGGUAA